AUGGCAUCAGCAAAUGCUCCUCUUCGCCGAGUUGUCACUACGCACCAUGGUUCCCAAUCUGUGAUCUUGUUUGAUGGAAAUCUAGAACCCAAUAAAGGAUUUGCUUCCAAAGCUGCAACCAUCUGGAUGACCAGACAGUACCCGGCGGAGCUAACGGCAACCGAUCCGAGUGCCGAUAGCCGCAGUAAGCAGAUGUAUAGCAGGGGGUCUCUGAUCCGCGUGGUGGAUUUUCCUCCGAACUCCAAGGGCCACAACCACCGCACACAGUCACUCGAUUAUGCGAUUAUCAUGGAUGGUGAAAUGGAGAUGCUCCUUGAUGACGGAUCGAAAACUAGGGUUCGGGCUGGUGAUGUUGUCGUACAACAAGCAGUCAGUUGGCCUCUGGUCCUUUCCUUUAUGCGCCAGAGACGCGAGAGCUAA